AUGGUGAUCUCGCGAGAUCACGUGGGUGCCGCAAAGCUUUUUUACGAUCAUUACUUUGCGCCUAACUGCACUUACCCACCUGAUAUGUUUUGUAGAAGGUUCCGAAUGCGAAAAGAAAUGUUUCUGCGCAUAGUGCGAGACAUAAACUCCUUUGAAAGCAGCGAACCGCUACCGAAACACUUUCAGUUCUUCCACAAAGGCGCGACAGAUGCUAGUGGUCGUCCCGGUUUCAACAUUUUCCAAAAAUGUACUUCUGCUAUACGCCAGUUAGCGUAUAGCUAUAAGGCUGAUGCUUUAGAUGAGUACUUGCUGAUGACUCAAGAUACGGGCUACCAGUGUUUAGACGCUUUCUGCAAAUGUGUGAUACACCUGUAUCAACAAGAGUACUUGAGAAGGCCAACGAAAGCAGAUAUCGAAUGGUUAACUGCCAAACAUGAGCAGGUUCAUGGUUUUCCGGGAAUGCUUGGUAGCAUAGAUUGCAUGCAUUGGGGUUGGAGGAACUGUCCAGUGGCAUGGCAAGGGCAGUACACCUGA